AUGGCAGCAGAUGAAGAAAAUGUUGAAUUAUGCAAAUUUGAGGAAGACGAUGGUUAUCCGUAUUUGGAGAAGAACUGCUGGAUUCCCGAUACUGAAGACGGUUUUAUUGCUGCUGAAAUAAAAUCAUCAGCAGGCGAUAAUGUAACGGUGGUUACUGUAAAGGGCAAUGAAAUUACGCUGAAAAAGGAGGAAGUUCAGGAAAUGAAUCCUCCUAAAUUCAGUAAAACCGAAGAUAUGGCCAACUUGACAUUUUUGAAUGAAGCUUCUGUACUUAACAAUUUAAAAGAGCGAUACUACUCUAUGAUGAUUUAUACAUAUUCUGGCCUCUUCUGUGUGGUAAUUAAUCCGUAUAAGCGUUUGCCCAUCUAUAGCCCAUCUAUCAUUAAACACUAUAUGGGUAAAAGACGAAACGAAAUGCCACCACAUUUAUUCGCCGUAUCUGAUGAAGCAUAUCGAAAUAUUCUCAUUGAUCAUGAGAAUCAAUCAAUGCUGAUUACCGGUGAAUCUGGCGCUGGUAAAACUGAGAAUACAAAAAAAGUUAUUGCAUAUUUUGCUAUUGUUGGUGCCACGCAGCAGAAGAAGGAAGAAGGCAAGAAGGGAGGAACUCUGGAGGAACAAAUCGUGCAAACUAAUCCAGUACUGGAAGCUUUCGGUAAUGCAAAAACGGUUCGAAACAACAAUUCUUCACGAUUCGGCAAAUUCAUUCGAACUCAUUUCACCAAAGAUGGCAAACUUUCCGGUGGCGAUAUCGAACACUAUCUUUUUGAAAAGUCACGCGUUGUGCGACAAGCUCCUGGUGAACGUAGUUAUCAUAUUUAUUAUCAGCUUAUGUCUGGUUUUCAUCCGAAAAUAAGAGAAGAAUUACGCUUGACUAAUGAUAUCAAGUAUUAUCACUUUUGUUCCCAAGCAGAACUGACCAUCGAUGGUGUGAAUGACAAGGAGGAAAUGAAAAUCACGCAGGAAGCAUUUGAUAUUAUGGGCUUCGAAGAUCAUGAAACUCGCGACCUUUACAGUAAUGUGGCUGGUAUUAUGCAUAUGGGUGAAAUGAAAUUUAAGCAACGACCGCGUGAAGAGCAAGCAGAACCAGACGGAGAGGAAGAUGCAAAGAAUGCUGGCUUUUGCUUCGGCGUUGAUCAUGAAGAAUUUCUAAAAGCUUUAACAAAGCCACGUGUUCGUGUCGGCGCAGAGUGGGUUAAUAAGGGUCAAAACUUAGAACAAGUGCAUUGGGCUGUAGCCGGUCUUGGCAAAGCUAUCUAUUCGAGAAUGUUCAAAUGGCUCAUCGAUAGGUGUAACAAAACACUUGACCAAAUGAAAGAAAAUCGGAAGUAUUUUAUCGGUGUUUUGGAUAUCGCUGGUUUUGAAAUUUUCGACUUUAAUUCGUUCGAGCAGUUAUGGAUCAAUUUUGUGAACGAACGAUUACAACAGUUUUUCAACCAUCACAUGUUUGUUCUUGAGCAAGAAGAAUACAAACGUGAAGGGAUCGCUUGGACUUUUAUUGAUUUUGGUCUCGAUUUGCAGGCCUGUAUCGAACUAAUUGAGAAACCUUUGGGUAUCAUUUCAAUGUUGGAUGAAGAGUGCAUCGUGCCAAAGGCGACUGAUAUGACAUUUGUGCAAAAGUUGAAUGACCAACACCUUGGUAAACAUCCCAACUUCCAGAAACCCCGACCACCGAAAGGAAAACAAGCUGAAGCUCAUUUUGCAGUUGUUCACUACGCUGGCACCGUGCGAUACAAUGCUACAAAUUUUCUGGAGAAAAAUAAGGAUCCAUUGAACGAUUCCGCCGUUGCCGUAUUGAAGCACUGCAAAGGCAAUCAGUUGCUGGUAGAUAUCUGGGCUGAUUAUCAAACUCAAGAAGAAGCAGCAGAAGCCGCUAAAGCUGGCAUUGAAGGUGGACGUAAGAAAGGUAAGUCGUCGUCAUUCAUGACUGUCUCCAUGAUGUAUCGCGAAUCAUUGAACAACCUAAUGAAUAUGCUGUAUCAGACACAUCCGCACUUCAUCCGUUGUAUUAUACCAAACGAGAAGAAAGCUAGCGGAGUUAUCGAUUCGGCAUUGGUGUUAAAUCAAUUGACCUGUAACGGUGUGUUAGAAGGCAUUCGAAUUUGUCGUAAAGGCUAUCCGAACAGGAUGGUCUAUUAUGACUUCAAACUUCGUUAUGCUAUUAUUGCUGCUGACGCAGCAAAAAAUCCGGAUGAAAAGGCCGCAACAACGGGUAUCACUGAUUUCUUGUGUAAUAAUGGUAAAUUGACCGAUGAUGAAUUCAAAAUGGGCUCUUCGAAGAUCUUCUUCAAAUCCGGCAUCCUGGCGCGUCUUGAGGAUUUGCGCGAUGAGGCGUUACGUGUCAUAAUGACGAACUUCCAAUCACAAAUUCGAAGUUUCUUGGGCUUAAUUGAUAAAAAACGUCGCGUACUUCAAAAGUCAGGUUUGCUGAUGAUCCAACGUAAUAUCCGUACAUGGUGUCUGCUACGCACUUGGGAGUGGUUCAAAUUAUACGGUCGUAUAAAGCCAAUGUUGAAGGCUGGGAAGGAGGCGGAAGAAAUGGAAAAACUGAACGAUAAAAUUAAGGUUUUGGAAGAAACGCUGCUGAAGGAGGAAGGAAAUCGAAAAGAGUUAGAAACAGAGAUCGCCAAUUUAAUCCACGCGAAAGAUCAAUUAUUCGCAAAUUUGGAAAAAGAAAAGGUACAUUCAGCUGAAGCUGAGGAACGAGUUCAGAAGCUAAAUGCAAUGAAGGCGGACAUGGAGCGCCAUUUGCAAGAACUGAACGAUCGAGUCGCUGAAAUGGAAGAUCGGAAUGAAAAUUUGAAUCGAGCUAAAAAGAAGACUGAGCAAGAAGUCAGUGACUUAAAAAGAAAGAAUCAGGAACUCGAGAUGGCAUUACGAAAAGCCGAAAGUGAAAAGCAAUCUCGUGAACAGAGCAUUCGUUCAUUGCAAGGAGAAAUGGCAAGUCAGGAUGAAGCUGUCGCUCGUGUCAGCAAGGAAAAGAAACAACAAGAAGAGGUGAACAGAAAACUAAUGGAAGACUUGCAAGCUGAAGAAGACAAAGUUAAUCAUAUGCAAAAACUUAAGACAAAAAUCGAGCAGCAACUGGAUGAUAUGGAGGAAAAGCUUGAACGCGAAAAGCGCAUGCGCCUAGACUUAGAAAAAGCUAAAAGAAAAGUGGAAGGUGAAUUGAAGGUGGCCCAAGAGAAUAUGGAUGAAAUCACUAAACAAAAACAUGAUAUUGAACAAAUUUUAAAAAGAAAAGAUGCAGACUUGGUGACCACAGUUGGUAAGCUCGAUGGAGAGCAAUCAACGGUUAACAAGUUGCAAAAACAAAUCAAGUGUCUGGAAGGCCGUAUUGCUGAACUUGAAGAGGAUUUGGAGCAAGAACGACAAUCACGUGGUAAAUUAGAUCGGGCAAAAGGAGAUCUACAACGUGAAUUGGAUGAAAUAACGCAGCGUCUAGAUGAACAAGGUGGUGCUACUGCGGCGCAAAUUGAACUAAACAAAAGGCGUGAAGCCGAAAUGGCCAAAUUGAAGAGAGAUUUGGAAGAAAACAAUAUGAACCACGAGUUGCAAAUCUCGGCGUUGCGCAAAAAACACAAUGAUGCCGUUGCGGAACUCAGUGAUCAAUUAGAACAAAUGCAAAAGAUGAAAGUUAAAUUGGAUAAAGAUAAAGCACAAAUGCUUCGAGAUCUAGAAGAAGCAAACGCAAAUGCAGAUGCUGAGAGUAGACAGAAGCAGGAAUUCGAAAAACAUUCCAAAUUGCUGGAAAUGCAAUUUUCUGAGCUUCAAACAAAGGCUGACGAGCAGACGCGUCUAAUCAACGAUUUCACGGCUUUGAAAAACAGAUUAUCGAAUGAGAAUGGUGACCUGUCGCGACAAUUAGAAGAUCUUGAGAAUCAGAUUAAUGGACUUCAUCGAUUGAAAGCGCAACUUUUGAGUCAGUUGGAAGAAGCGAAACGUGUGGCUGAGGAAGAAUCAAGAGAACGACAAAAUCUGACAGCGCAAGUGAAGAAUUUGGAGCAUCAAAAUGAAAACUUCCGCAUUCAUGCUGAUGAAGAAUCUGAGGGUAAAGCGGAAUGCCUGCGUCAAAUGAGUAAACUGAACGCUGAAAUUCAACAAUGGAAAGCACGAUUUGAGGGCGAGGGACUGGCAAAGAUGGAAGAAAUUGAAGAAGCCAAACGCAAGCUUAUGGAAAAAGUCCAAGAUCUUACGGAUGUGAAUGAAGCAGCAAAUGCGAAAAUCAUGUCGUUGGAAAAGACUAGACAUAAACUGAUGGGAGAUUUGGAUGAUGCUCAGGUUGAUGUUGAACGUGCAGCGGCUUAUGCUGGAGCCUUGGAAAAAAACAAAGAGCAUUUGAUCCAAAUAGAAAGCUUACGCCGCGAAAACAAAUCACUAUCAUUAGAAGUCAAGGAUAUAACUGAUCAACUUACUGAAGGUGGACGAUCGGUGCACGAACUACAGAAAAUGAUACGUCGUCUUGAACUUGAAAAGGAUGAAUUGCAGAAAGCUCUAGAUGAUGCUGAAUCUGCUCUAGAAGCUGAAGAAGCUAAAGUUUUACGAGCACAGGUAGAAGUGUCGCAAGUACGUGCUGAGAUCGAAAAGAGAAUCCAGGAGAAGGAAGAAGAAUUUGAGAAUACCCGUAAGAAUCAUCAGCGAGCUCUUGAAAGCAUGCAAGCUACUCUUGAAGCGGAAGUGAAAGCUAAACAAGAAGCAUUGCGCAUCAAGAAGAAACUUGAGCAAGACAUCAAUGAACUUGAAAUAGCUCUCGAUCAUGCAAACAAGGCAAAUGCAGAUGCGCAAAAGACAAUAAGAAGAUACCAGGAUCAGAUCCGAGAAUUGCAGAUGCAGGUUGAAGAUGAGCAAAGACAAAAGGAUGACCUUGCGGAGCAAUUGUCUAACAUACAGAAGAGGGCAGCUAUUCUGCAAGCGGAAAAAGAUGAACUUGCUAAUCAAGCUGAAGUGGCUGAACGUGCUCGUCGCUCAGCUGAACAGGAUGCUAUUGAACUGCGUGAAGCAGUGAACGAUUUGACGAAUCAAGUUAAUGCAAUUAACAAUACGAGGAGAAAGUUGGAGUCUGAGUUACAGGCUGUUCACGUAGAAUUAGACGACGUAACUUCACAACUUAAAAGUACCGACGAAAUGCUAAAGCAAGCAUCCGCAGAUGCAGCACGACUUGCAGAAGAGCUGCGCCAAGAACAGGAACACUCCGCGCAUGUGGAAAGAAUGCGCCGUGCACUCGAAGUACAAAUCAAAGAGAUGCAGGUAACAUAUUCGUACGAAAUGGGAACUUUAGGGUAA